UGCUUGAAUUCCAAAACAGACUUGCACUUUUCUUGAUCCUAAUCCAACAGACCCAUCUGCAGAGCUGUGGCUGCAAAAUAAUUCAAUGUUGCAAUCCUCACUGUCACAUUACCAUGGAAAGAAGACUAGUGGAUGAUCACGCGAGAAACACCUGUCAGUGGAGGACAGUGCAUUGUUUGUAUUGUCAUGAGGAGCAUGCCAAAUGCGACGAAGAGAAACACGCGUCGGAGUGUCGAAGACAACCCACUGAAUGCUCAAAUGGGUGUGGUGAGGUCAUUGCUAGAGAGGAGAUGACGGCUCAUCAGGACGUGGUUUGUACUCACACGGUUGUGAACUGCCAGUAUGAUUAUCUGGGUUGCGACAUCAAGAUUAAACGCUCUGAAGUAAACGAUCAUCUGGAACAAAACCUACGACGGCAUUUUGAGCUCUCUGUAGAAAAACUUGGUGAGAUGCAAGACGAGACUAAAAUCCUGAGGCGGGAAUUGGAACAAAUGAAGUUUGAUUACCGCACAGUGAGCUUCAGAGUCGCUGGUCUUGAGAAGGACGUAACUGAAAUGAAAAUGAAACAUAAGCAAAUGGAAACGUUUGCACCCUAUGUAUGGAAAGUGUCCGACUUCUGGGAACGAGUCAGCAAAGCCAAAAGGGACAAGGACGUUCGAGUUGAAAGCGAUGCGUUUUACGUGGGACCUCAAGGGUAUAAGAUGAAAUUAGCUAUGUACCCUAAUGGCACAAAAGAGGCUAGAAACGCUCAUAUAUCGCUUUAUAUUGCACUGAUGAGGGGGAAAUACGACUUUCAGAUUUUCUCUGACGUUGCGUGCCAUCGUAAAAUUCUUGAUGCGCAGGUCAAAUGCCCCAAUGCCAGUUGCUCAUGGAUUGGAGAACUUAGAGAUGUCCAGAAACACGGAGAUGAAUGCAGUUAUCAGCCUGUAUGUUGUAUUAACGCGGGGUGCAAUGAAGAAGUCCUUCGCAAGGAUGUCAUUACUCACGUGGAGACCACGUGUCUCUGGUCUGUGAUUGAAUGCGCCUUCUGUUCAGAACGCUUCCCCAAACUGGAGAAAAAGGCUCACAAUGAGGUGUGUCCGAAGUUUCCAGUCGAGUGCAGUAACAAGUGUGGAGUGAAGAACAUACCAAGAGAAGAGGUCGCUCAUCACACUGAAAAGUACUGUCCGCUGACUGUAAUAGAUUGUGAAUACAGUGCAAUAGGAUGUACAAUUAAGUUUCAGAGGCGAGAUUCCCAAGCUCAUUUUGAUGCAUUGAAGGACACCCAUCUGCACUUGGCUUGCAAGAGUCUGGUAAAUAUGUCAAAGACAAUCCAGGAACAAGCUCAGACCAUCACUCGCCUUGAAGAAAAGUUAGAACGCUUACAGAAUUCCCCCUUCAUCUGGAAAAUAUCGAACUUUGCAUCGGUCAUGGAGGCUGCCAAAACAAACGAAAAUAGAGUUAUAGUUAGCGAUCCGUUCUACUCCACCCAUAAUGGCUACAAGUUCGCGGUCGAGCUUUACCCCGACGGCUACUACACCGAUGAUAACGCUAACGAGAAGGGUGAAUUUAUGUCAGUUUAUCUCAGAAUUCUGGUGGGCGAAUAUGAUGGACUUCUGAUAUGGCCUUUUCAAGACUCAGUGGUAUUUACCUUGUUGGACCAAAAUGAGUUAGUGGAAAAAAGAAGGCAUCUAAGAAAAGAACUGCAACAGCCGCCCGAGGGAUUAGCAAGACCAACCGAAGCCUCAGAACCAGCUUGCGGUGUUUGGGAGUUCGUAUAUCACAAGAACUUGUAUUCUCGCUCCUAUAUCAAAGACGAUACGAUAUUUGUCAAGGUCGCUUUUGUAGAACAUCGGGAAAGAAAGUUUUCGAGGAUUUUCCAUGGUGAUUAUGAUAUAUAAAAUUCAAAAGUGUGUUUUCUUUCCUAUGUUUAGGAAACAGCGUAUUGAUGGAUGCUGGCAUUGGACAUAAGCUAUUUUUAUCUCUCAUUCCAUUCCGCAAUGUUCGGAUUAAGUAUGCAAGAUUAGACGACGUUUUACUUCUCAAAUGCUUUCAGCCGCUAUAUUACAAGUAACAAUUUUGUACUAAUUAUGAAAAUAUUAAGAUUACCGAAGCUUAGGUAAAGUAUGGUAAUGCAGAUCUUACAUCAAGUUAUGGGUAUAGUGAAUUAUUGAAGACAAAUUACGUAAGUCUAAAAGUACCUUUAAUUCGUACUUUUAACAUAUUUGUGAAUUAAAGUAAUGUGAACUGA